AAUCAAUUUCAUUUCAUUUUCAUUUGAUUUGCUGAGAAAAAUUAUUCAUUAUUUUUCUUUAAAUCGAGACUGUGAAAUUUCAUCAUCGAUUUUUAUUUGGAUUGGUUUUUGUGUGUUUGUGUGGUUUCAAUCCUAAUCAUCCGAAUUUUUGAUCGAUCGUAAUCAGUUUGCUGAAUUCAAUUUUUAUUGUCACUAUAUCAUCAAUUUCGUGUCAUCUUUUCAUUUCAUCAACUUAAUUGAUAAUGGGAAAAGAUAAUAAACCUCGUGGUCGUAUGUCGGCCUAUGCAUAUUUUGUGCAAACUUGCCGUGAAGAACAUAAACAAAAACAUCCGAAUGAAAACGUUGUAUUUGCAGAAUUUUCGAAAAAAUGUUCCGAACGCUGGAAGAACAUGAGCGAUAAAGAGAAAAAUCGCUUCCAUGUAAUGUCCGAAAAAGAUAAAAAACGUUAUGAUGGCGAAAUGUCCCGUUAUAAAGCUACCAAUAAAGGUGCCGAAAAAGGCCGCAGGAAGAAGCGCGUCAAGGAUCCCGAUGCACCAAAACGAUCAUUGUCGGCAUUCUUCUGGUUCUGUAAUGAUGAGCGAUCUAAAGUAAAAGGUCAGAAUCCCGAAGCUACCGUUGGUGAAGUAGCCAAAGAAUUGGGUCGUCGUUGGAAUGCCUGUACCGAAGAUCAAAAAGCUAAAUAUGAAGCAUUGGCACUCAAAGACAAGGCUCGAUAUGAAAAGGAAAUGAAAGCUUAUAAAGGCGGAAAAACUACUGGUGGCAGUAAAGGCGGUGCGAAAGGUGGUUCAUCCAAAUCAAAGAAGGAAUCCUCUGACGAAGAAGAAGAAGAGGAGGAAGAAGAUGAUGAUGAUGAUGAAGAUAGCGAUUAGACUAAUUAAUUUUAGACCUGAAUCGAUUAUCAGAAUAUUAUCGCUUCUGACCAUCAUCCAUCUUGAGAUUCUCAUUUACAUUCAUUUUUAUAUCCAUGAAAUUGUCAUUAUAAACAUUCGAUGAUUCAACCACAUACACAUACACAUUAAAUUCAUAACCCGAGUAAUCGGAUUUCAUUUCAA